AUGCCACUUCCAUUGACCAUCAGAAAGAGCCUCAGAGACAAUGAGGAGCACUUGACCCAAGCCGUCGAGAACUUGAAGGCCACCACAGGACAGGACUGGACCUUUGAGUUUGACUUUGAGACCAUCUACGAGAAGUUGGCCAAGGACUGCGACUACCCAAGAAACAACGCCGGUGACUUCUUCUACAAGACCAUCGCCCUCAACGUUGCCGACUGCAUCAAGUCGACCUGUGCCAAGGACGAGAUUGCCAAGGAGGCUCUGAUUGAGGCCAACUCCAACAACAAGGUCAUCGUCCGUGUCAACGAGGAGAAGAAGAACGUGCCAUACUGGAAGUACAUCUUUGAGAACAACUCCCUCGUCCUGUUGUUCAACCCAAGCGUUGCCAACACUAGCGACAUCUCCUACUUUGACCUUGCCGCCAUCAUCCCAUCCCCAGGCGUCAUGUCAUUGAAGGCUCGCAUGGACAUUCGUGAGAACACCGAGGCCAUCAACGAGGAGUUGGAGAAGAUCAAGGCCGUCACCAAGCGUGACUGGACCUACGACGAGGCUUCCCUCGAGCAGUGCUACGCCACCUUUGGCGACUACCAGGAGCGCAUUGGUUCCAUCCUCAAGGACAUCAUUACCAACGUCUCCUACAACAUUUGCAACCGUUGCAAGGACGAGAUGAUCCUCGAGGCCUUUGACGAGGUCACCCAGAACUCCAAGAUCGUUCUCCGUGUCGUUCCAAAGCAGAGCGAGUACUGGGUCUGGUCUUUCGAGUCUGGCAACGUCGUCGUCUCCUUCAAGUCCAUCUGCAACGUCGGUGACAUCAGCUACUUGGACUUUGAGAAGUUGUUGUAA